AUGGUGAACCCGCUCACACGAUGCGUCGAGGACUACUCGCUCCCGCCCUUCGCCCAGAUGCGCGAAGCCGACAUCGUGCCUGCGUUGCGCACAGCCAUGGCCGAACUCGCCCUCGACUUAAACGCGAUCGAGGACGACUUGUCCGACCCUGACGCCGACUUGACCUGGGAGUCUGUCAUGGACCGGCUCGAGAUCAUUGACGAUCCACUCAAUCGACUGUGGCGGAUCGUGAUCCAUCUCUCGUACGUGGCCAACUCGCCCGAGCUGCGAGCUGCCCAGGUGGAGGUCCAGGCCGAAGUGGUGACGAUUCAAAGCCGGCGCGCGCAGAGCGUCGAGGUCUUCCAGGCAAUGAACAAACUACGCGCGAGUCCACAGUACGAUACCUACACAGUCGAGCAGCAGCGCAUUCUUGAGCGAGCGAUUCUUGCCGCCACGCUGAGUGGCGUGGCGCUCAACGAAUGCGACCGACGCCGCUGCAAUCAAAUAUCCAUCCGACUCAAAGAACUGGCUAAUACUUUCUCCGACAACAUCCUGGAUGGCACGAAAGCGUUUUCACACAUGGCCUACAAGCGCUCUGACGUCGAAGGACUACCUGACUCGAUCCUAGCACUUCUAGCCCAGAAUGCUGUGAAAGCAGGCCAUCCAGGUGCCACGGCAGCAAACGGACCAUGGAGAUUGUCUCUGGAGUUGUCGGCGUAUUCCCCAGUCAUUGAGUGCUGCAGCAAUCGGCGCACGAGGCAGUUGAUGUUCGACGCACAUACACACAAGGCAGCUGUACCUCCGCAUGAUAACACGCCCAUCAUGGAAGAGAUGCUGCGGUUGAGACACGAGCUAGCGCAGCUGCUAGGGUACAACAGCUACGCCGAAGUCAGCUUGCUGGACAAGACGGCGCCGUCCGUGUCGGCCGUCGAAGCCCUCAUUUUUGAUCUUCGGGACAAAUGCCUCGCCAUUUCCAAAGUCGAGAUGGCCGAAGUUGCCGACUUUGCUCUCAAGCACGGGCAAGAGGAACCACUGGAAGCGUUCGACAUUGCGUACUGGUCCGUUGAUACGCUCUUUUUCAAGGACGGACUCCUCACAACUUGA